AUGGAUAACAGUUGGAAUACUUGGGGAUCGUCUUCGAAUAAUGCUGAUGAUGAUGACGACGACUGGCAACUCAUCCAAUGGGCGAUGGUUAUUCUAUUCAACCCUGUGGCUGAACGUCUAGCAGGAUAUAUAUUGCCUCUAUCAUGCAGAAAUAGCAUGCUAUCUGGCCGCGCGUAUGUGCACGAAGUGAUUAAUGGUCAUCCUGCAAGAGUACUUGAGAACUGUAGAAUAACGGUGGAUAACUUCAUGCGCUUAUGUGACAUUCUUGUGAGUGGAGGAUAUGUACCGCAAAAUCCCCAGAAAAGAGUCCUCAUAGAGGAAGUAGUGUGCAUGACAUUAGUUAUGUUAAGCCACAAUCAUCGAAUGCGGUGCCUGGCUGAACGAUUCCAACAUUCCCCGGAGACCAUCUGCCGGAACAUUCAUGAGGUGUUACGGGGGCUUUGUGAGUUGGGAAAAAUUCUCAUUCGUCCAAGAGGACAGAACGAAGUGCAUCCUAAGAUUUACACUGAUCGGAGAUUUGCCCAGUGGUUUACGAAUGCUGUAGGUACAUUAGAUGGUACACAUGUUCCAGCACAUCCGCCACUUGGACAGCAAGCGGCGUACACGAAUAGGCAUGGACAAGCAACUCAAAAUGUACUAGCCAUUUGUGAUUUUGAUAUGCGCUUUUCAUAUAUUUAUGCUGGUUGGGAAGGAAGCGCCCAUGAUGCACGUGUCUUGGACGGAGCACUAACAGGACCUACACAUUUUCCGAUGCCCCCUCCAGGAAAAUACUACCUUGUGGACUCGGCAUAUAGAAAUGUUCCUAGAUUUCUUGUACCUUAUCGUGGAACACCUCGACAACCUGCACAGGGUCGGCGUGGGUGUUCCUCCCCGAAGCAACUUUUCAAUACUCGUCACUCAUCACUUAGAAAUGUAAUUGAGAGAUGCUUUGGGGUGCUUAAAAGGAGAUUCACCAUCCUACGCGGUCCUGUACCUAAUUUUUAUAUGAGUACACAAAUAAAUGUGGUGAUAGCUUGCUGCACUCUACACAAUUUCAUACGGGACGAAUUACCAGAUGAUGACAUAUUCAAUGAUCAUGAGCAAGAGAUGGAUAUCGAAGGAGAAGGUGGGGUCCCGCCAAUGCCAGAAAUUCAACCCCUAAGUGCCUCGCAAGAAGAGGUCAAUGAAUGGCAUGAAAUGAGAGAUGCAUUGGCAAACGGAAUGUGGAAUGCGUAUCGGAGUGCGAGGCGAGGGUGA